UCAGGCAGACUGGCUACAGAUUGUCCACAUUUUGCCUCAAAUCAUCCCAUCCUCCCAGGGGGAAGGAAAUGGCUGCAAUGGAGCUGGCUCAGGGUUUCCAAUUUCCAAACCUGAUGUGAUCUUGCAGCUGGAACAAGGGGAGGAGCCAUGGGUCCCGGACCUCCAUGGCUCUGAGAAAGAAGUGUCCCCGAGAGCUGCCUGCACAGGCAGUGACCUAUGUCUGGAUUCUCUCUGUUUCCUAUCACAUGAUAGGAUGGUGAGUGAGAAUGAGGAGGAGAAACCCCAUCAGGAAGAUGCGGAGCAAGUAGAACCACAUGGAACAUUUUCAGGAAGACCCAAAGGGAAUGUUUCCAGGAGUUGUGCGCUUCCAGAAAAAGCAGAAGCCUAUGAGACUCAGGAGUGGCUAGAGGAAAACUUCAGUAGCCUCUCAGACCUUAUCACAAGUGAGAGAAUCAACUUGGAAGACACACGCUACAGAUGCCACGAGUGUGGGGACAGCUUCAGUCAGACUUCAGACCUUAUCACAGAUCAGACAAUCCACAUAGGGGAAAUGCCCUACACAUGCUCUGAGUGUGGGAAAAGCUUCAAUCAGAGCUCAAACCUUAUCACACAUCAGAGAAUCCACACAGGAGAGAAGCCCUACACAUGUGCCAAGUGUGGUAAAAACUUCAGUCAGUACUCAAACCUUAUCACACAUCAGAGAAUCCACACAGGAGAGAAGCCCUACACAUGCUCCAAGUGUGGUAAAAACUUCAAUCAGCGCUCAAACCUUAUCAGACAUCAGAGAAUCCACACAGGAGAGAUGCCUCACACAUGCUCUGAGUGCAGGAAAAGCUUUAGUCGGCGCUCAUACCUUAUCACACAUGAGAGAAUCCACACAGGAGAGAAACCCUACACAUGCUCCACGUGUGGUAAAAACUUCAAUCAGCACUCACACCUUAUCACACAUCAUAGAAUCCACACAGGAGAGAAACCCUACACAUGCUCCAAGUGUGGUAAAAACUUCAAUCACCACUCACACCUUAUCACGCAUCAGAGAAUCCACACAGGAGAGAAACCCUACACAUGUUACAAGUGUGGGAAAAGCUUCAGUGAUAGCUCAAGCCUUAAUAGACAUCAGAAAAUCCACAUCAGAGAGAAUUACUAA